AGAACUUGUAACCUUGGGGUGUGAGAAAGGUGUGGACGCAGUCAUAUUUCACUGUACUAUUUGCCGCUGACUCAACGAAAUAAUAGCACACCUCUUAAUUGCUUAGCCUACGUUUGUCAGGGGGAGUGUUUGGCUAUACAUAAAUCACAAUUGUAGGAUUAGGAUACCGUAAGAGAAAAUCGGUCACAGUCAAGUCCAAGGUUCAAGUUAUUGGUUCAAAUUCACUUGUAUGCGGAGAGUCUCUUGGAACAUAAUGGACACUCAUGCGAAGGCAGGACAAGUUUACCUUCAACACCGAAAUGUAGAAAAGGUAAGAACCUAACUUUAUUUAGCUCACUUAAUUGCACACAUUCUGGUAACUUAUCUAUCUUGUUUGUGUAGAAUGACAAUAAUAGCCAAUAGGAACAUAUUGAAUGCAUUUAGAUUUUUAAUGCAGCUUUAUAAGUCUUGUAAUGUAAGAUGAGAGUUUUUAUUUUUGUUUAUUCCGAGGGUAUUGAAAUUGGCUAUUGAUGUUAUCAUGUAAACUGCCGUCCCAUUGUUUUGCUGCAUGUACUGUGUAUGACAGUAAUCUAAUCCCGAUACCAUUCCACUUUACAAUUGAAUGUAUAUGAUUGCAGUAUACGAGGACCUUUACUGUAGCCUACAUGUUGAAGUCUUACUUGCAGAGUCAGGCUAAGUUGGUAAUGGUGCGUGUGUAAAGGUAUGAGGGGAGAACGGAUCCUCACAUGCGUGCCCAGACACAGUACUCCGCUCCCAGUUUCCUCACCGCACAUUCCUCACAGCACAUUCCAACAAAGCUGUUUGUCCCAAAUGGAACCCUAUUCCCUUUUUAGUGCACUACCUUUGACCAGGACUCAUAGGACUUUGGUCAAAAGUAGUGCACUAUAUAGUGGAUAGGGUACCAUUUGGGAUAUAAACUGAAACACUACGAGGCACACUUAAAACAGAGGGAGGGGCCAGGGCAGGUACUGCACCUUUAUUUAAAAAGAGGCGGAAGUGCUGGAGAAAGGGUGGGUGAUAUUCUGAGUUUAUCAUAUUACUAAUGUGUGUCAUGAGCGCUGGAGUCAGGAAACCCUCUAUCAAUAGUUGUCAGGGAAGUGGGAAAACUACAUACUCACUUUUUCUUUAUUUCUCUUUCUCACCCACUCAUUUUCCUCCCUUUCUCUCCACAUUUCUCUCUAUCCCUCUCUUUCUCCCCAUUAUUUCUCUCUUCCCUCUCUUCCCUCUCUGUCCUCAUCCCCUAUCCUCCCUCCCUCCUUCCUUCCCCCCCUCCGCCCUCCCUCCAUCCAGAAGUGGAAGCAGCUGUGGCUGGCUCUCUACCCCUCCAGCCGCUGCGGUGUAGCCAGGCUAGAGCGCCAGGAGAUGGGGGGAGGAGAGCGGGCCGGUGCCUCUGUGGUCUGGAAGCACCAGGACAAGGUUAAGGAGAAGAGGGUGAUCCGCCUGUCAGAGGUACACCUUACUGCUGUACUUGUCUUUCUUACUAGUACUGACUUUGCUAAUAACUGCUUUAUUGAGGAUUUGUAUUACUGGCAAUGACUGUGAUAUGUAGUUGUCUUACCUACCUUAGUUAAAUGCACUGACUAUAAGUCGUUCUGGAUAUGGAUACGUUUGUAGCCUAAGGCCCUGCGAUAGACUAGCGUCCUGUCCAGCGGGCGUACUUGUACAUCAAGCUGCCUCACGCUACAGAAACAUGCUGCUCCUAUGAGCAGUUUGGGCUCGCACGAGCCUUACCCCCAAUCUAUCUCCUUAAUGCUGAGUGCCAAGCAGAGACGCACCGAGUCCAAUUUUUUACAGUCUCCGGAUAAGUGUGUCUGCUAAUGGACUAAAAUGUAAAUGUAGGUGACCAGGGUCCUGAGACUGCCCCCACACGCUGAGGCCUGCCCCAAAGACAACAUGGCCGCAUUCUGUGUGGAGACAGACGGCAGGAGGUACGUCUUCGCGGCGGACAAGGACGACUGCGUGGAGUGGGUGGAGAGGAUGUGUGACAUCGCCUUCCAGGUGAGAAUAGAAGCUUCUGUUGUUGUCUUGUGACUGUUGUGGAUCAGUCUCUAUUCAACAUUUUGACAGUUACAGAAGUAGAAUCAGAUAGACUUUAUUAGCAUUCAACAACGCUGCUAGGAAUUUGUCUCGGUAUGGUAGAAGGCUAACAGCAAACGCCAUUGUUCACUGAUCUCUCUACCAUUAAACCCCUUUCAUCACCAAACAGUUAUUACAUAGAGGAUGUGUACACUCUUAGAAAAAGGGUUCUAAAAGGGUUAUUCAGCUGUCCCCAUAGUAGAACCCUUUUUGGUUCCCUGUAUAACUCUCUGUAGAAAGGGUUCUGCAUGGAACCCAAAAGGGUUCUACCUGCAAACAAAAAGGGUUCUCCUAUGGGGACAGCCGAAGAACCCUUUUAAGGUUCUAGAUAGCACCUUUUUUUUCUAAGAGUGUAGGUAUCGGUUGAGGACUGUUCUCACUGUCUAAUCUAAAUACAUGUCUUCUCUCCCAGGGACGCUCCACUGGUCAGCAGCCCCAGCUUCAGAUGGAGGACAACCAGAUAUACGUCUCCAGGGAGGAAGGUGAGAAGCACAUCAGACACCACACAUAUCCUAGUGGCCGCACAAACUAUAAUGGACAACCAUUCUUCUGUCUGUUUAUGUCUAAUGGGCGUAUGAUUACUGCUGUCUUGGAACAGGUCCCUCUUGUCAAAGAUAUUUGAACGAAUAAUGGAAAGAUAAACACAAAAUAGAAAUGAACACCAUCCAUAGUGCUUUGGUCGUGACCCUCACUCUCCCUCCUCUCUCCCCUCAGUGAGUGAGUUCAGGGUGGGUGUGAAGCAGACGGACGCAGCGGUGCGCUGCGGCCUCCAGGGGGAGUACUAUUGGCUGCAGGUGACCCAGGAGGGGCUGGUCCUGAAGGAGGCGGAGACCAGGAAGAGUUUGCAGCACUGGCCCUAUCAGCUGCUACGACGCUAUGGCAGAGACAAGGUCAAUAGAACCAUGGAAUGUAGAAUCUCAUUGAGCCAUAUAAUUAGAUUUCUAAUCUGUUAUUAGUUCUAAUCUAAUACUACUCUCUAGUGUCUAAUUUCAUGGUCAUCACAGUACGGGACUAUGCUGCCCUACAAAGGCAAAACGCAGCAACUACGUAAUUUAUUUUACUUCAAAGUAUUUUUCUGUCUAGACAGACAGCAAUUUCUGGUACUUCAUGAUACGUUCUGAUCAACUGGCUUGUUCUUGUGUCUGAAAACUAAAUACCACAUUAAUCAGGUAAUAUACCUGGCCGUUACAACAGAUCAAAUAUUUUUGCCUUUGUAGGGCAGUGUGGGUCGAAAAAAGGAUGUGUCUAAGGAUCAUUGUAUGGUCAUCAGAGUCCAUUCAAGGAGGUUGCAGGUUAUAAUACAUAUGGUUAUUUUCUGCCCACAAUUAAUUAUGCAAUUUUCCAGUGAACACCUGUGGGAAUUCUCUCAAAUCAUUGUGUAACACGGUUCUGUCCUCUUGGUUCUCCCACAGAUUACAUUCUCCAUCGAGGCGGGCCGGCGCAGUGAGUCUGGACCCGGAACCUUCACCUUCGAGACUCGCCAAGCUGACGACAUCUUCAAUCUCAUCGAGACCGCCAAUACGGCAACAGAAGGCCUCCGUCUUCGUCGGGGAUGACCGUGAGGGCGACACUGUGGUUGCUAAGCGUAGCCCUAAUAUGCCUCGUGCUCGUUCACCACUGCCCACACUGCCAGAUAGCGCAGCCAUUUUGGAGGGAAGCUACAGUUUUAGGCCAGUAUUUUCAAAUGCUAUUGGCUCAGAGCAGUGUGUGUACUCACAGCUGCCUAAUUUGAUUGGCUCUGAGGAGUGUCUGUACUCUGAGCCAGCAGACAGCAUUAAACCCAAAGCCCCCGGCCUCAACUCCUACCUGACCCCCCCAACGUCCUCCACCCUCACCCCCUCUAUCCCUUUAUACCCCCGCAAUCACCAUGGUAACCGAACGGAACCAGUGUACGCCGACCCAGCAGACAUCCUCUCACUCAUACCCCCAAGAUCUACACCACCACCACCGCCCACUUCCUCUUCCUGUUCUCAUCACCACGGCAACGAGACUGAACCAGUCUACUCCGAGGUGUACGACCAUGUGAGUCCUCUACCUGACCAGACUCAACAACAGAACCAGAACCAGGGAGGGCAGGAACCUGGAAAAGCGGAACCCAUCUAUAGUGAGCCCUGUGUGGGGACCCCAGCCAAGGGCCCCAACACUGACCCGUUCGCCCACCUUUACAGCCAGGUCUGCAAGCCAGGCUCUUCAUCACCAUCCUCAUCUUCGUCAUCAUCAUCAUCCCCCUCUUCAUCCCUGGCCUCCUCCUCCUCCUCCUCCUC